AUGACCAUGUCCCGCUCGCGCUCGGUUUCGCCCCGACGUUCGCGAUCGGCUUCGCCAAUCCAGCCUACUUCCCCACACUCAGCUGCCUACGAGGGUGAGGACUACGACGGCGAGGAGUACGAGGAUGACAACGGCGACUUCGACGACGACGAGCUCACUCAUAGUGAGAAAGUCCGCUUCUACGUCACCGACUCGCCCUCGCCAACCGGUUCUCCCAUGGAGGAAGACGAGUCACUCCUCAACGCCGACGAGCUACGAUCCAAGCUACAGGAGGUCAGGCGUCAGUGUGGCGCUGAGUACGUCGACCGCACCAACAUCAAGGAUGUGCUUCGCGAUGAGCACGCGCGGGCUGAAACCUUGGCCAACCACCUCAGCGCGUAUGAGGAGAAAGUCACUAGGAUCAAGAAGGAGCUCGCUACUGUCCAGGCCGAACUCGCUGCUGGCCGGGAGCGUGAGGCUAAGAAGGACGAAGAUCUCGCCGCUGUCCAGUCGAAACUGGAGUCCCUCGGCUUGAGCCAUGAGUCUACCACUUCGCUACCUGCGAACAGUGAAAGCGAUUCUCGCCCCCGGAACUGCGGUAACUACCUCCAGCCCCGUUCUAAAUGUCGUCCGGGCUGUAGUCGUGUUCACGUGGAUGAUGAUGUCAGGGUCUAGAUGAUGGGGAUCAAGUAACUGUGUGUAUAUAUACAGGACAUUUUGGAACUGCAGGAGUAAGGAUGAUGAAUAGAUGUCGCCGUCAGGCUGCAACAAGAUCGCUAUGAACGUG